UCUACACAUAUAUAAAUACCUUUUUGGGACAUCACAACUACAGUAAUCAGUUUUUAGUUAUCAAAGUUUAAAAUUUUCCCCGCUCACAAUGAUGUUUAUGUUUAUUGCAUUCAGCAUCACAAUGCUUGGUUCAGUUAUGACAGCGCCACAAGGCGAAUUGGAACCAAUACCGAUUUUGCGACAAGAGCAAGAGGUCAAUUUUGAUGGCACUUAUAAAUAUAGUUAUGAAACGGGGAAUGGCAUAAGUGCUGAAGAGCAAGGAUUUUUAAAAAAUGCUGGCCAAGAAGAGCAAGAGGCGCAGGUGGCACAAGGUCAAUAUAAGUAUACCGCUCCUGAUGGACAAGAAAUUUUAGUGACGUACAUUGCCGAUGAAAACGGUUUUCAACCACAAGGUGCCCAUCUUCCCACACCUCCUCCCAUACCUGAGGCCAUUCAAAGGUCGUUAGAAUACAAUGCUGCCAAUCCGCAACAGGAAGAUGCAAAAGAGCAACAACAAUAAAUAAACAAUAAAAAAAAAUAAAUCGUCAUAUUAUUGUGCAUAUCAAAAGUCUCAACCGUUUGUUUGUUUAAAAUUUAAUUGGCUCGUCGUUCUUUUUCUCAAUUCUAGUCACAAAAAAUACUACACAACAGGGGUUUUUCAAAUGAAUAUUGAAACAAGGCAAUUUAUUUAUUUUACAUAACAUAAUAAGUAAUUUUUGUAUACGCAUCGUUUUCACGUUAGUUCUUAUUUUACUUUUGUGAUUUGCGUCCUUAAAUAAUGUGCAUGUAAUGAUAUUGUAUCAUCUUAUUUAUUUAAUUACCAUAAUAGAU